AUGGAGUCGCAAAGCCAGGAAACCAUAGAAAAAACUGAGGACGAGGAAGUUACCACAGAGGAUAAGGAAGACACUAACACUAACACUAACACUAACGACAAGAGUGAAGACCUCAUCACUGAGGACACCAAUGAUGACAACAUAGAUGACCCCAUUGACGAUGAUGAAAACAAAAAUGAAACAUCUGAGGACCAUACAGACAAUAAGGCAGAAGAAAAGACUGAAGAAGACAUCUUUCUUGAGUACCAAGAAUCCCUCAAGAUCAUUCGUCGGAAGUUCAUCCGUUGUGUCGACAUUUCUGAUAUCACCCAAGAUAUGUGGCUGGAAGACCAUGAGAAUGUUCUAGAUAACUUCAUUGAGGACACAUCGAUCUCCACUUUGGUGGUCUACGUGGACACAGACAUGACACUAAAGGUGGACUAUUCCCUUCCAUCACAGGUGGUGAAGGAGCUGUUCUAUUUUAUGCGCGAGCCCGGAGCCAUUAUCACUGCGGAGAGCUUCUACUUAGAGGUGGAAUAUGGGAAUGUGCAGGGCGACCCCACUGAGAGCCUGCUUCACUUCCUGACCAGCUUACAUACAGACGACAUCGACAUCAGUAGUGACUGGGAGAAGGGCAUCAAAGACAACUACAUCAACGGCAUGCACAAUUACCUGGCCAUCCUCACAGAGACUGUUUGUGAGAAGGAUGGCAAGACAGUGUUGUACAUUCCAAUGGAAGGCCUGGUUGACAGCGCUGAAGAGGGCAGCAAGGACAGUCAUCUGGUGCAGAGGAUGGAAUCUGUCUUGAUCCAUUGGACAGACCGGAUCAAGGAGCUGUUGAACGUCCAAGAAACCACUGUGAGCGACAGCAGUGGUCCGCUGCAGGAGAUAAUGUAUUGGGAGCGCCACUCAGGCAAGCUGAUGGACAUGAGUCAACAGCUGCAGAAGACCGGCAUCAAGCACAUUCAGCAAAUGCUUGAGCUGGCCAACUCGCUUUAUGUCAAGCGCUUCGGCAAACUCGUCGAGGAAAUGCAGAAUUCCUCCAUGGAGGCACAGUCCAAUGUGCGAUUCCUGUCCUUAUUGGUGGACCCCUGUAAAGAACUGUCUCAAGUUAAAAUAAGUGAACUUGCUCCAAAGCUGAAGCACAUUGUCAGUCUAAUUCGUAUCAUCUGGAUCAACUCCACCCAUUACAACACCAAUGAGCGCAUCACAGGCCUCUUUAUUAAGACAAGUUACGAGAUCAUCCGCCUGUGCAUCAAGAGUAUCUCUCUGGAAAGGAUCUUUGAGGGCUUUGUAAUCUCCAGCAAGCAAGACCUAAUUGACUGCAUCCAGUGCUGUGAGACCUGGAAGAGCAUCUACACACGUGCUGUCGAGGUGCACCACGAACAAUCUAAAAAAGGCUGGCUCCUGGACCAAACAAACAUUUUCGUCCCGGUUGAUGCGUGCAUUCAGAGGUUUAAAGACUUGAUUGAGGUGUGUGACACACAACAGCAGUUUGCCCGCUGGGAUGACGGCACCCAGAGACCGCUGCCGUGCUUUAGUGGCUAUCAGGGGCCCGAGCUCACUCUCUCCCUUGUUAAGAUAGAGGCCAAGUUCCAGCACGGCCUCGAAACCCUGCGCUCUGUUGACCAACGCAUCCUGGAGGUGGAGAACACUACAUGGCACAUUGAGUUCAACAGGUUCCGUGCAUUUCUCAAAGAUCUUGAUAUAAUGCUGCAGAACCUGAUCACCUCUGUGUUCAAGACUGUCAACUCAUUGGAGGAAGGACUUCGGCUGGUGGACAUUUUCAAGCCCAUCUCUGCCCGAAAGUCUAUUGGGAGCAAAAUAGAUGAGAUGGUGGAAGAAAUAUACACCAUCUUCAAGAAGGAGAACAAUAGGCUCACCAAACAUAUUUCUCCAGAGACACUGUCCAUCCCUGACUAUAUGCCACAUUUGGCGGGCCAGGCCCACAGAGCAAGGGCCCUAAAAUUCCAUUUAGAAAGCCAAAUGGAAAUGCUGAAGAAGAUCCCCAUCAUGCCUGAGUCUCACAGCUGCAGGCAGGUUUUGGUAAACUACAAUCAAAGCAUUCGCACUCUGGAUGACAUGGUGACGCAGAGGUUUGCUGAGUGGCGCCAAGGCUUGGAGCUGCAGUAUGUCAAGAAGUUGGAGCGGCCCCUCCUGCUGCAUAGCAAGGACAGCAGGAUUGAGGUCAACUUUGACAACAACUUGUUGAAUCUGUUUGCGGAGAUCAAGUCCUGGAGUCAGCAAAAUUUUGAGAUCCCAGGAUUUGUAUCUGAGAUUUACCAGGAUCGGGAAGAUCUCCGAUGCCUUAGGGAGAGAGCACUGCACCUCGCGCGGGACUAUAACAGGAUCAUUGGAAUGCUUACCCCUAUUGAGCUGGGUCUGUUUUCCAAGAAAAUUCAUAUGCUGGACAAGAAGAUUCAGCCAGGUUUUACCAAACUCUUCUGGAUGUUUAAAAUAUCUUCCAACAAGUUUGUCAAGGACUGCCUCAUGCAAGUUUCAAAGGUCCAGCUGAUAGUCGAUGGCUUCAAAGCGUCUAAUCUGGCCAUAGCUAAGCUCUGUCGUCAGAUCAGUGAAACACUGCUAGUGAGGCUUGAUGGGAAAACGCUAUACAGGAACUGGGAGUUUGAGACUGAUCAGCGGAAUCACAGACAGCGUCAGCAAGAAGAGCUGCGUUCCGCUCUCCAGCACAUUGUUGACAUAAUGACUUACAUCCACAACACCUUCUCUAAAGAUGGUCCUGAGGUGGAGGAACACUGGGUCACAUACACUGAGAAGGUGGACCAUAUGCUAGAGGAAGCCCUACGCAGCAAUGUGAAGCGCUCCAUGCAGAAAUUAGCACAGGCCAUUAACGGAGACCGCAAAUCAACACCCACUCCUUUGUUCAGAGUGCUUGUGUCACUGCGCCAGCCGGAUCCCAAGGCCGUUCUUAGGGUUGAGUUCUCCCCAUCUCUCCGAGAUCUUGCACAAAUAUUGGACAUUCUGCCUCAGAUCAUCAACACAAUCUCCAAAUUUAAGCGACUGCCUGAGCUCCUCUCCUGCGAACACUCCCCAGAGAAUCCUAUUCACGUCAAUAUUGGAAAUGAUGAGGAGAUAAAAGACAUACAUGCUGCAGUUGGUGCAGGCAUGUCAGCCACCGCCAACCGCCUGAAGGAGUAUUUGACCACCUGGGACAAAUACAGGGAUAUCUGGGAGACCAACAAGGACUCUUACAUAAACCGUUACCAAAAACUCAAUCAACCGGUUGCUUCUUUUGAUGCGGAUAUACACAGGUACACAGAAAUAGAAACAAGUAUCCAGCAGGAAGAGACCGUGACCAACUUCCAAUUCAUUGUGCUGGACUGUUCGCCACUUAAGACUUCAUUGGUGCAGCACUGCAGUCGCUGGCAGUCUAAGUUCAUGCAGCUCCUUGUGCGCAUCGCAGGCAACCACCUCAAGGAGCUGCACGCUUCCAUGAAUAACAAUGCCAAAAGGUUGAGUCAACCCAAUAAGACACUUGUGGAGCUGAGUGAGAGCCUGCAUCUUCUGGAGUCUCUUCAAGGCAGUUUAGUCAAGACUGAGGCUGACAUUGUUCUGAUAAAUGAACAGUUUGCUGUUCUGGACAAAUAUGGUUUCCCUGUGGAACAAAAUGUAAGUGAUUUGCGGGGAACACUGCACGCCAAGUGGGACUGGUUCCAGCAGGUUUUAAUCGACAGCGAUAUCAUGCUAAACGGGCAGAAGCAGAAUUUCAAGAGCGGCUUAAUAUCGUCCUCCGAGGACCUCACAGAGAAGAUCCUGACUACGAUGCAAGAGUUCACCACCUCAGGUCCAUUUGAUCCUGCAAUCAGCACUAAGAUGGCCCUGAAGCUAACAGCAGAGCACCAUCAGCAACUCAAUGCUCUAAAAGAAGAAGAAAAUGCCAUCCUAGAUGGCCUGAGCUUCUUUAAAAUAGAGCAGGAACCUUCCAAAACGAUCCAAGCCAUGGAGAAGGAUAUGGACUACUUGCAGGAAGUGUGGGAGAUCUCGCAUGAAUGGAACUCCCACUGGGACAGCUGGAAGGGAGGGCAGUUUAUAACACUUCGGACUGAGAAUAUGGAGAGCAAAGCACAAGAAAUCUACAAAACCCUCCACAAACUGCAGAGGCUACUCAAAGAUAAGCAGUGGGGCAUUGUGGAUUUCUCCAAGAAGAAAGUUGACCAAUUCAGGAGAAUCAUCCCUCUUAUUGCUGACAUGAGGAAUCCGGCCAUGAGGGACAGGCACUGGAAUCAGAUAUGUGCUAAAGUACAAAGCUCCUUUGAUCACACCAGUAUUGACUUCACCCUGGAAACGAUCAUUUCUCUGGGUUUUGACAAGUAUGCUGAUUCUAUCGGGGAGAUAUCUGGGGCCGCCAGCAAGGAACUCUCCAUAGAACAGGGUUUGGAGGAGAUAAUCAAGACGUGGGCGGAUAUGACUUUGGAUAUUUCACCUUACAAAGACAAAGGCCAUUUUCGUCUGAAAGGCACAGAUGACAUUUUCCAGGCCUUAGAGGACAAUCAAGUAACUCUGUCCACUAUGAAGGCUUCUCGUUUUGUUAAAGCUUUUGACAAGGAGGUGGACACAUGGGAACGUCAGCUGUCCCAGGUGAUGGAAAUUAUUGAGAUGGUUCUCACGGUGCAGCGCCAGUGGAUAUAUCUUGAGAAUAUUUUCCAAGGAAAGGACAUUAGGGAGCAGCUGCCAAAAGAGUGCAAAGAGUUUGAAGACAUUAGUUCAAGUUGGAAGACCAUCAUGACGCGACUAUAUGAAAACAACAACGCUUUACAGGGAACACACCAUCCAGGCUUGCAGGACACAUUAUCUAAGAUGAAUAUCAAGCUUGAGGAGAUCCAGAAGGCCUUAGACAUGUACCUUGAGUCGAAGAGACAGGUAUUCCCUAGAUUCUACUUUUUGUCUAACGACGACGUUUUGGAGAUCCUGGGCCAGUCGCAGAACCCGGAGGCAAUGCAGCCGCAUCUAAAGAAGUGUUUCGACAACAUUAAAAGUCUGCGCACUGAAAAGGCAAGUCACUUCUUUAUGUUGGACGCCACUGCCAUGUUCUCUUCUGAUGGGGAGAUGAUUGAAUUUAUUAAGGCGGUACCACUGGACAAGCCUGUGGAGAUUUGGCUGUGCGAUAUUGAAAAGGCCAUGCGUAGCACGUUAAAGAAUUCCCUCCAUGACUGCCUGGUAGCACUCAAGAAGAUGAAAAGCCAGAGGGACAAGUGGUCCAAAGACUGGCCAGGACAGAUGCUGAUCACAGCUAGCCAGAUCCAGUGGACAACUGAUGUCAACCAGGCUUUAAUUACCUGCAAGGAGCUAGAUGACAAGUCCGGUCUUAAAACCAUGAUGAAGAAACAAGUGUCUUUGCUUAGACGAUAUUCUGAGAUGAUCCGUAGCAACCUGUCCAAAGUCCUGCGUCUGAAGAUUGUCGCUCUGGUUACAGUUGAAGUUCAUGCUAGAGAUGUCAUCGCAAAACUAGCUAAGGCAGGAUGCAACGACGCAAAUGCCUUUGAGUGGCUGUGCCAGCUCAGGCUUUACUGGGAGAAGGAUUUAAACAACUGCAUCAUUCGACAGACCAACACACACUUCAAGUAUGGCUACGAGUACUUGGGGAACUCCGGAAGGCUUGUCAUCACUCCACUCACAGACAGGUGUUACAUGACCUUGACCACGGCGCUCCAUUUGCAUCGAGGUGGCUCUCCCAAAGGGCCCGCUGGCACUGGGAAGACUGAGACCACGAAAGACUUGGGUAAAUCUUUAGGGAUGUAUGUCAUUGUUAUCAACUGCUCUGAAGGACUGGACUACAAGUCAAUGGGGCGCAUGUUCUCUGGCCUGGCACAGACAGGAGCGUGGGGCUGCUUCGAUGAGUUCAACCGAAUCAACAUUGAGGUGUUGUCUGUGGUGGCCCAGCAGAUACUCUCCAUCCUGUCCGCCCUUUCAGCACUCCAAACCAGGUUCCAAUUCGAGGAACACAACAUCAGCCUUGUCGCGUCGUGCGGUGUUUUUAUAACAAUGAACCCUGGUUACGCUGGUCGUUCUGAGCUUCCAGACAACCUCAAGUCCAUGUUUCGACCUAUCUCUAUGGUGGUGCCUGAUUCUACUUUAAUUGCUGAGAUCAUACUGUUUGGAGAGGGUUUUAACGACUGCAAGCUCCUGGCUAAGAAGGUGUUCACCCUGUAUUCCCUGGCCAUGCAGCAGCUGUCAAAGCAAGACCACUACGACUUUGGCCUCCGUGCACUAACCUCCUUGCUCCGCUAUGCCGGCAAAAAGCGGCGCGUUUGCCCGAAUGUCCCCGGUGAAGAAGUAUUACUCAUGGCCAUGAAAGAUAUGAAUAUUGCUAAACUGACCUCAGCUGACCUGCCGUUGUUCAAUGGCAUCACCCAGGACUUGUUCCCAGAUGUAGAAACACCUGUAAUAGACUACGGGAAACUAAAGGAGUCUAUUCAGGUAGAACUUCGUCAAAAAGGCCUGCAAGUGACACCUUUCACAAUGACCAAAGUCAUUGAACUCUAUGAGACCAAAAACUCCAGACACUCGUCUAUGUUAGUGGGCAAGACUGGCUGUGGCAAGACAGUCACAUGGAAAACGCUGAAAUGUGCCCUCAUCGCCAUGCACAACAAGGAAGAGGCAGGCUUUGAGCUUGUGCAGGAUUUUCCACUGAACCCCAAAGCCAUGAGUCUUGGAGAGCUGUAUGGCGAAAAUGACCUGUCCACUAAUGAGUGGAGUGAUGGUGUCCUCUCCAGUGUCAUGAGAACAGCGUGUGCAGAUGAUAAACCAGAUGAGAAGUGGAUUGUGUUUGAUGGGCCCGUGGACACACUGUGGAUUGAGAGCAUGAACUCUGUCAUGGAUGACAACAAGGUGCUCACGCUCAUCAAUGGAGAGAGAAUUUCCAUGCCUGAACAGGUGUCUCUGCUGUUUGAAGUGGAGAAUUUAGCACAGGCUUCUCCUGCGACAGUGUCCCGCUGUGGAAUGGUUUACAAUGAUUACGUGGACCUGGGAUGGAACCCCUUCGUCAAGUCUUGGCUCGAGAAACGGGAUAAGGCUGAGGUGGAACAUCUGAAGCCUUUGUUUGAGAAUUUCAUCGAAAGAACAUUGAGCUUCAAGAAGAAUAACUGUAAGGAGUUGAUCCCUGUCACGGAACUCAAUAGUAUCAUCUCGCUCUGCCGCCUGUAUGAGGCCCUUACCAUAGGCAAGGUUAACAUGUCUGACAAGGAGAGCCUGGCUCGGACGGUGGAGCUUUGGUUCAUCUUUAGCCUCAUCUGGUCCAUUUGUGCCUCAGUCGAUGAGGAUGGACGCAAGAAGAUGGAUAACUUCCUGCGGGAGUUGGACGGGACCUUUCCCCUUAAGGACACAGUGUAUGAAUACUACGUACACGUUAAGAACAAAUCCUGGGCUCCAUUUGAAGAUAAACUGCCAAAAGGCUGGCGUUAUAACCCCAAUGCCCCAUUCUAUAAGAUCAUGGUUCCGACAGUGGACACAGUUCGCUACAACUACUUGGUCUCGGCGAUGGUGAAGGCUGAGUAUCCAGUGUUGCUCACCGGACCUGUUGGUACAGGGAAAACAUCGGUGGUUCAUGGUGUUUUGCAUAGUCUGGAUACUAGCCAUUGGUCCUCACUCACUAUCAACAUGUCCUCACAGACCACAUCAAAUAACAUCCAGGCCAUCGUGGAAAGCCGCUUGGAGAAGAGGACCAAGGGUGUUUUUGUGCCGGCAGGAGGGAAAGACCUGCUUUGUUACCUAGACGACCUUAACAUGCCAGCGAAUGACCUCUUUGGCUCACAGCCGCCACUAGAGCUGCUGCGUCUCUGGAUUGACUACGGCUUCUGGUUUGAUCGUCAGAAACAGACGACGACUUAUGUCAAGAAAAUGUCGCUGCUGGCCUCAAUGGGACCCCCCGGCGGAGGAAGAACUAACAUUUCUGGCCGUCUGCAGAGUCGUUUCAACCUCGUCAACAUGACUUUUCCUCAUGACUCUCAAAUACGACGUAUCUUCAGCACCAUGAUUAACCAAAAGUUGCAAGGUUUUAAGGAGGACCUUAAGCCAGUUGGAGAGCUUCUCACACAGGCCACUUUAGAAUUGUAUUAUUCAGUUACGGCUCGAUUUCUUCCCACUCCAGCCAAGACACACUACCUCUUCAACCUCAGGGAUAUAUCCAAGGUGUUUCAGGGUCUGCUAAGAGCACAUCCAGAGUUUCACGAUAGUAAGCAGAAUAUGGUUAGAUUGUGGAUCCACGAGUGCUUCAGGGUUUUCUCUGACCGACUCAUUGACCAGACUGAUAUGGAAGCCUUUGUCACAUUGCUAACGGAGAAAAUGGGUGCCCUCUUCGACCUUGUUUUCCACAACAUAUGCCCUGAUAAAAUACCUCCAGUAUUUGGUGAUUUCCUUACGGAGUCUGGGGUGUACGAAGACCUUUUGGACAUGAAGAUUCUCAAGAAGUUCAUGGAGACUCAGCUGGAGGAGUACAAUCUGACACCAGGCGUAGUGCCCAUGAACUUGGUGCUCUUUCGGGAUGCCAUUGAACACAUAACCCGAGUGGUCCGUGUGAUCAGCCAGCCAAGGGGAAACAUGCUACUUGUUGGUGUUGGGGGUUCGGGCCGACAGAGCUUGUCCAAGAUGGCUGCCUUCAUCAGCGAAUAUGGGGUGUUUGAGGUGGAAAUCACCAAACAGUAUCGCAAGCUCGAAUUCAGAGAAGAUGUCAAGAGGUUGUACCGUUUGACUGGCGUGGACAACAAGCCCACUGUCUUUCUCUUUAACGACACCCAGAUUGUGGAUGAAUCCUUCCUAGAGGACAUUAACAAUAUCCUGAGUUCUGGAGAGGUCCCCAACCUUUACAAGCAAGAUGAGUUUGUGGAGGUCUGCAACUGCUUGUCCGAUUCUGCCAGAAAGGAGAAUGUGGUGGAAACACCUGAGUCCUUAUUUAGCUUUCUAAUAGAGCGUGUCAGGAACAACAUGCACGUUGUUCUCUGCAUGAGUCCAGUGGGAGACCCCUUCAGGAACCGUAUCCUACAGUACCCGGCACUUGUCAACUGCACAACCAUAGACUGGUUCUGUGAGUGGCCCAAAGAUGCGCUGCUGGAGGUUGCUGAGCGGUACUUGGAAGGAUUGGUACUUGGAUCCUCUGAGGGGGGUGCAAAGAAGGUUGCCUCCAUUUUUGUGACCACACACCAGUCAGUGGCACAGAUGUCACACAGGAUGAAAGUGGAAUUGAAGAGACAUAAUUAUGUGACACCCACUAACUAUCUGGAGCUGGUGUCUGGCUAUAAGAGGCUUCUGGCUGAGAAGCGCGGUGAACUGGGAGAUCAGGUAAACAAACUGCAAAAUGGGCUUUUUAAGAUCAGUGACACAGGUGAGAAGGUGGCAGCCAUGACAGUGCAACUGGAGGAGGCCAAUAAGCAGGUGGCUGACUACCAGAAGGAGUGUGAUGAGUACUUGACUGUUAUUGUACAACAAACCAGAGAGGCAGACACUCAGCAGAAGACUGUAAGUGCAAAAAAGGAAAAAAUUUCAGCGGAAGAAAUGCAAUGUAAAGCCCUGGCAGAUAAUGCACUGAGAGAGCUAGAUGAAGCCCUGCCAGCCCUGGAUGAGGCCACCAAGGCUCUUGAAUCUCUGAAUAAGAAGGACAUGACAGAGAUAAAGUCCUAUGGUCGUCCUCCGGCUCUGGUUGAGAAAGUGAUGCAGGCAGUCAUGACUCUUUUGAACAAGGAGCCCACAUGGGCAGAAGCUAAGAGACAACUAGGUGAGGCCAACUUUAUUAAAACCCUGAUCAAUUUUGACAAAGACAACAUCUCCGACCGCGUGUUGAAGAGGAUUGGUAAUUACUGCAGACAGCCCGACUUUCAGCCUGAUAUCACUGGCAAAGUGUCUCUGGCUGCAAAGUCCCUGUGCAUGUGGGUUAGAGCCAUGGAGGUCUAUGGGUGUAUCUUCAGGGUGGUGGAGCCAAAACGGGAGCUGCUGAAUAAUGCCUCAGCCCAACUUGCACAAAAGCAAGCUGAACUACAAGAGUCUGAGAACAAACUGAAAGAGGUGGGGGACAAAUUGGCAAUGUUAAACAAACAAUACGCUGAAAAAGUGGCGACCAAGGAAGAUUUGAAGAGGAGGUCAGACGAUAUGGAGGUGAAACUGGAUCGAGCUGACAAACUGGUGAAAGGACUGGCUGGGGAGGGGGUCCGCUGGCAGCAGACUGUUAAGGGUCUUGAAGAAAACAUGGGCUACCUGGUUGGAGACUGCUUGCUUGCAGCAUCUUUUCUCUCCUAUAUGGGACCCUUCCUGUCCAACUAUAGAGUGGAACUGCUUGAAAUUUGGAUGACAGAGGUUCAGCACCAGGAAAUCUUGUGUACUCCAGGAUUCAGUUUUUCUACUUUUCUUUCAAACCCUACAAUAGUGAGGGACUGGAAUAUUCAAGGCUUGCCCUCUGAUGCCUUCUCUACAGAGAACGGCGUCAUCGUCACCCGCGGCAAUAGAUGUCCACUGAUGGUGGACCCGCAAGGCCAAGCUAUGAAAUGGAUCAAGAAAAUGGAGCAGAAGCGAGGUCUUAAACUCAUCGACUUCCAGAUGCCAGAUUACUUGCUUAUACUGGAGAAUGCCAUCCAGUUUGGAAAUCCUGUCUUGCUGCAGAAUGUCCAGGAAAACUUAGACCCGUCUCUAAACCCGAUUCUCAACAAGUCUCUGACUCGAAUAGGUGGCCGGCUAAUUUUGAAGUUGGGUGACAAGGAUGUGGAGUACAGUCCAGAAUUUCGUUUCUACAUUACCACCAAACUGUCUAACCCCCACUACACCCCUGAGAUUUCUACAAAGACUAUCAUUGUCAACUUUGCUGUCAAAGAGCAGGGUUUGGAAGCCCAACUCCUUGGUAUUGUGGUGCGUAAGGAACGUCCAGACCUGGAAGAGCAAAAAGACAAUCUGGUGAUGAGCAUUGCUUCAGGAAAGAGACGGCUGCAGGAGCUAGAAGAUGAGAUCCUCAGGCUGUUGAAUGAGGCGAGUGGUUCUUUGCUGGACGACGUACAGCUGGUGAACACCCUGCAGACAUCCAAAGUGACGGCCUCUGAGGUUUCAGAGCAGCUGGAGACCAGUGAAGUGACUGAAAUCAAGAUUGAUACUGCUCGAGAGGCCUACCGUGCAUGUGCUCAGCGGGCCUCCAUUCUCUUCUUCAUUCUUAAUGACAUGGGGCGCAUUGAUCCCAUGUACCAGUUUUCACUGGAUGCAUACAUCAACCUGUUUAACCUCAGCAUUGAGAAGAGCAAGAGCAGCCUAAAGCUGGAGGAAAGGAUUAUCAACCUCAACGACUUCCACACAUAUGCAGUGUACAAAUAUGCGUGCCGUGGUCUGUUUGAGAUGCACAAGCUUCUUUUCAGUUUCCAAAUGUGCGCCAAAAUCCUUGAAGUUGCCGGCACACUCAACAUGGAUGAGUACAGCUUCUUCCUCCGUGGUGGAAUUGUACUUGACAAGAGGGAUCAAAUGGAAAACCCGUGCACUAAUUGGCUUGUGGAUUCCAGCUGGGACAACAUCACAGAAUUGGACAAACUGCCCAACUUCCAUGGCAUCAUGGCCUCAUUUGAAAAAUAUCCCCGGGACUGGAAGCUUUGGUUCACCAGUGCAGAGCCAGAGAAAGCCCCUCUGCCAGGAGACUGGGAGAACAGCUGUAACGAGCUUCAGAGGAUGCUCAUAGUCCGUUCUCUGCGGUCAGACCGUGUCUUGUUCUGUUCCACCACCUUUAUUGUCAACAACCUGGGGCCUCGUUUUGUAGAGCCACCUGUUCUCGACAUGAAGGCUGUCGUGGAUGAAUCUUCAUCCAUGUCUCCGCUGGUCUUUGUCUUGUCUCCUGGCGUAGACCCCACAGGAGCGCUGCUGCAGCUGGCCGAGACAUCGGGCAUGAGCAAAAAUUUUCACGCUCUUUCCUUGGGUCAGGGCCAGGCUCCUUUUGCCAGGAAAAUGAUCAAAGAGGGCGUCCAAAAGGGCCACUGGGUCUUUCUUGCUAACUGCCACCUCUCACUCUCUUGGAUGCCCGAGCUUGAUAAGCUGGUGGAUCAGUUAGAUGUGGAGAAGCCCCACACAGACUUCCGACUUUGGCUCAGUUCUUCACCACAUCCGGAUUUUCCCAUCAACAUCCUGCAGGCGGGCAUCAAGAUGACCACAGAGCCUCCAAAGGGAGUAAAAGCCAACAUGAAGCGUCUCUACCAUCUGGUGACCGAGACUCAGUUCACCCGCUGCUCCAAACCAGUCUUCUACAGGAAGCUGCUCUUCUCUCUCUGCUUUUUUCACAGCAUUCUUCUGGAACGAAAUAAGUUCCUGCAGCUGGGCUGGAACAUUAUCUAUGGAUUCAACAAUUCAGACUUUGAGGUCAGCGAGAAUUUGCUCAGUCUGUACCUGAACGAGUAUGAGCAAAUACCCUGGGACGCCCUCAAGUAUCUCAUCGCAGAGGUGAACUAUGGAGGUCAUGUGACUGACGACUGGGACAGACGUCUUCUCACCACCUAUAUCAACGACUACUUCUGCGAGGCAGCAGUUGCUGAGACUCACUUCAAGUUGUCCACCCUAUCCUCAUAUUACAUCCCUCACGAUGGACCCCUGUCCUCCUACAAGGACUUCAUAAACAUGCUGCCGUCCACAGAGCACCCCGACUUGUUUGGCCAGCACCCUAAUGCUGAUAUUGCAAGCCAGAUCGCAGAGACAAAGUCCCUGUUUGACACACUGCUGUCCCUGCAGCCCCAGGUGACCAGCGCCAGCACAGCAGGGUCUGGUCCCAGUCGGGAGGACAAGGUGCUGGAUCUGUUGGCCGACGUGCGCCAGACAAUCCCGGCUGUGAUCGAUUACGAGGGUGCCAGCUCACUCUUUUUAGAUCCUUCACCGUUGGAUGUGGUUCUACUGCAAGAGAUCCAGAGAUACAACUCCUUGUUGACCACCAUCAUGUAUGAUCUCUUAGAGCUGGAGAAGGGAAUCAAAGGCUUGGUGGUAAUGUCAUCGAGCUUGGAGGAGACUUUCAACUGCAUGUACGACGCCCGAGUUCCACCACUUUGGGAGAAGGCGUACCCCUCUCUAAAGCUGCUGGCGGCGUGGACACGCGACCUCUGCCAGAGAGUUCUUCAGUUUUCACGCUGGGCUGAGCAGGCGCAGCCUCCCAACCUGUUUUGGCUGUCGGGCUUUACCUUUCCCAAUGGCUUCCUUACUGCCGUGCUGCAGUCAGCCGCUCGGCAACACAAGGUAUCAGUUGACACACUCUCCUGGGACUUUACAGUGUGCAAUGUGGACGAAAGUCAAAUCCAAAACCCACCAAAGGAUGGAGUGUAUGUGCGAGGAUUGUACCUGGAAGGGGCCGCCUGGGACAAAAAGGCGGUGUGCCUGGUUGAGGCCGAGCCCAUGCAGAUGGUGUGUCCCAUUCCCCCCAUCAACUUCAAGCCUGUGGAGAACCGCAAGAAGAUGGCCAAGAACAUUUACCUGUGUCCUUGCUACUACUUUCCUGUGCGAUCAGGCGGGGCGGGCAGAGCCUCCUUUGUGAUCGCUGUGGAACUGAAAUCUGGCGCCGUCAAUCCGGAUCACUGGAUCAAGAGAGGAGCAGCUCUCCUCAUGAGUCUGGACAGCUGAAACACUCACACGCUUAUCCACACGUUUGUAUUUUUUUUACAAAACUCUAAUCCCUCACACACAAACAGCGAGCACCGGCUAAUCAAGGUGAGGGAUCUUCUAUUUUCAUGCAAAUUCCUGUGCAAGAUGGAAAAACAGAAAAAAAAGGACGGAGGCGGGAGGAAUGAACCUAUUCAAACAAAUGAAUUUUAAUGAAGCCUCGCAGAAAAGACACAAUCUUUCAGACCCCGGAUGUCCCUGCUGGUAAGGGAGGGAGAGAAGAAAAACAAGAAGUAAGUAGGGAGGAAGAAUGGUACGGUAUAGAGAGCGAGGGGUGUGAGGGAGAAGGGGUGAGUUCAAGGUCGUAUUCAUACUUAAGGAUUGUUCCCUGAAAGCCCAAACAGACUUCCUCCAGCUUUAGAGGCUCUUUAUCAGAGACCACUCUGUCUUUGUGGAGACAAUGGUGGUCUCCUUGUUUGUGACUGGGAGGUAGAAGAGUGGCGGAAUUCGCAUUUAAAUUUGCUUCUUUGCAGGCUGUCUUGUGGUGUGAUGUAU